AUGGUCAGUAAAAUGGGCUUCGCACACAACCCAGUGUCGGUUCAAGCAGUUGGCUGGGCAGAAGACCAAGGACGGCGGGCGGAGAUGGAGGAUGGAUUCGUGUUUGUGGAUCAGUUUGGCGGCCGGGAGCGCAGCGCCUUCUUUGCUGUGUACGACGGCCACGGUGGGCGUCAGGUGGUCGACUUUGUCACCAGAGAAUUGCAUGAGAAUCUUCUGCGGGAGCUCCGCAAAACAGAUUCUCCAGCUGACGCGCUGCUGCAGGCUUUUCGACUCACCGACGAAGACAUGCUCCGCAGGAGCAUCACCUCUUCCGGUUGUACUGCAUGCUGCUGUCUUCUGCAGGAAGAAAUGCAAGGGCGCGUGAUCUACACUGCGCACUUGGGGGAUAGUCGCGCCGUGCUGGCGCGCAGCGGAACGGCGACACGGAUGACCUCCAUGACCGACCACAAGGCCACCGACCUGCUGGAAGCCAAGCGGGUCAUUGAAGCAGGCGGGCAUAUCAUCAAUGACCGUGUCAACGGAAUGUUGGCCAUGACACGUGCGCUGGGUGACCACGUGCUCAAGAUGCCGAUGCUUCCGAACGAUGUGGUGAGCAAUGUGCCGGACAUCACAUCCACGGACCUGACGAAGCAGGAUUCUUUCAUCAUCCUCGCUUGCGACGGGAUCUGGGAUGUGAUGAAUGACCAGCAGGCCGUGCAACUGGUGGUUGAAUGCAUGAAAGAGCUGACCCCCGUUGCUCGACAGCUGGAGUCAGAGGGGCGAUCAUUGGCAGAGAUUUUGGCACGCAUGCUGGUUCACGACCAAGUUGGAACCUGGCAGCUUCUAAAAAUCAAGACAGGAAAGUGGACCAGAACAGUGAUGUCCGUGGGGUGCGUAAAAUUUGGGGGCGAAGAUGCGCAUCUCCGCGCGAAGACGCCGGAUUCUUGA